AAAGAAAUGCACCCCGCCCACCUAUAUAUGUACACACGCCCCCACAACCGCACACCGGAAAAAUCAGAAGAAAAAAAUUAGUAAUGGAAAACAGGAGAAAGAACACUAGCAACAGCCAAACACGGUGCAAGAGGCACCCCAAGCACCAGCAGUCACCUGGGGUGUGCUCGAUAUGCCUGGGAGAGAGACUCUCUCAGAUUUCAACUUCUUCUUCUUCUUCACGCAGAGCCGUGGAGCCUUACUGCUCAUCUUCUUCUUCUUUGUCUUCUCUAUCUUCUUCCUCUCAUUGCUCGUCGUCGGAGUUGUCUCCGGUCCACCACCGGGUUCGGUCAGGUGCAGGGGUGAAAUGGUCAAAGAAUAAUUAUAUGGUCAUGUUUGGGAAGAGCCGGUCCAUGGCUUUUGUGGGAGAGGGAAUUAAGAACAAGAGUAGUAGUACUGGGUUUUGGUCCAAGUUGCUUCGUCCGAGAAGUCACAAGAAGAAUCAUGUGGAUGGGGGGUUUGUGGGUGGUUUUGGGCAUUCCAGGACUAUGAGAGAGAGGAUGUUUGCUACAAGUACAAGGGUGUAUUGAUACAGAUCGGAGAUUUUUGCCUUUUCUUCUUUGUUUUUGUGCAUGUACACUACAAGAGAAUGAUGUAUCAUCCCUAGCUAGUUAGGUUUUUACAACAGACAGAUCGAGGUAUGAUUUGAAGCAAUAUUGAGAAAGACAUAUAUAUAUAUGUAUAGUUGUAUACUACCAUGUUAAAUUUUUGGUAAUGAAUAUACAUAUAUGUGAAUGAAUUGUGAAAA